GAAAACGAAGCACACACAGAACCAUAGUCUCAUCUUAAUAACAAAACCAAAUCAAACACAACAAGAAACAAACAUUUUUAUUGUCUAUGUAAUUCUCCAAUCUCAACGACUAGGUAAACUCAAAGGGUUUGACUUAGAUGUAUGCUAUUAAGGAUUUGAAGUUUGUAUUCAGAUCUUGUGUUUUGUGUUAGCAGAUGAUAUAGGAAUAGAUCUGAGUGAUGAAAAGUUGAGCAAUUAGUUGCACAAAAUGGGGAACACAUGUGUUGGUCCUAGCAUUUCAAAGAAUGGUAUUAUUCAAUCAUUUUCUGCGGCAAUUUGGCGGUCGCAGUCACCCGAUCCUGAAGGAUCAGUGUCUACUAGAGGAUCUGUAAAUGAUGUAACAACCAAUGAGCCUGAAUCUCCUUUGCCUGUUCAAAACAAACCUCCUGAGCAGAUAACUAUGCCGAAACCAGAAACAAAACAAGAGACGAAAUCCAAAGCGGAAUCAGAACCAGAACCAGAGAAGAAGAAACAAAGGAAACCUUCUGUGAAGAGAGUUUCUAGUGCAGGACUUCGUGUUGAUUCGGUGUUGCAGAGAGAAACCGAUAAUCUCAAGGAAUUCUUUAGUUUGGGGAAGAAACUUGGACAAGGUCAGUUCGGGACAACGUUCUUGUGUGUGGAGAAAGAAACUGGACGUGAGUAUGCUUGUAAAUCUAUGGCAAAGAGGAAGCUCGUAACCGAUGAAGAUGUUGAGGAUGUGAGAAGAGAAAUUCAGAUAAUGCACCAUUUAGCUGGACAUCCUAAUGUUAUAUCGAUUAAAGGUGCUUAUGAGGAUGCCAUGGCUGUCCAUGUUGUGAUGGAGUUAUGUGCAGGCGGUGAGCUUUUUGAUAGGAUUAUUCAGCGCGGGCAUUAUACCGAAAGAAAGGCAGCUGAACUUAUUAGGACUAUAGUUGGGGUUGUUGAAGCUUGUCAUUCUCUAGGUGUGAUGCAUCGGGACCUUAAGCCUGAAAAUUUUCUAUUUGUCAGUCAGCAAGAGGAUUCACUACUCAAAACUAUUGACUUUGGAUUAUCUGUGUUCUUUAAGCCAGGUGAUACAUUUAUUGAUGUAGUUGGCAGUCCAUAUUAUGUUGCCCCAGAAGUUUUGAAAAAGCGUUAUGGUCCCGAAGCCGAUGUUUGGAGUGCUGGAGUUAUCCUUUACAUUCUUUUGAGUGGAGUACCUCCAUUUUGGGCUGAAAGUGAACAAGGGAUAUUUGAACAGGUUUUGCGUGGAGAUCUUGACUUUGAUUCAGAUCCCUGGCCUGGAAUUUCUGAAAGUGCAAAAGAUUUAGUAAGGAAAAUGCUUGUCCGUGACCCUAAAAGGCGGAUUACUGCACAUCAAGUAUUAUGUCAUCCUUGGGUUCAAGUUGAUGGUGUAGCUCCUGACAAGCCACUUGAUUCCGCUGUAUUAAGUCGCUUGAAGCAAUUUUCUGCUAUGAACAAGCUCAAGAAAAUGGCUCUUAUAGUUAUUGCAGAGAGCUUAUCCGAAGAAGAAUUGGCUGGCUUAAAAGAAAUGUUUAAGAUGAUAGAUACAGAUAACAGUGGUCAAAUCACUUUUGAAGAACUUAAAGUUGGUUUGAAAAAAGUUGGUGCUAAUCUUAAGGAGUCUGAAAUUUAUGAUUUAAUGCAAGCGGCCGAUGUAGAUAACAGUGGGACGAUUGAUUACGGUGAGUUCAUUGCCGCAACAUUGCAUCUUAACAAGAUCGAAAGAGAAGAUCAUCUAUUCGCAGCCUUUUCUUACUUUGAUAAAGAUGGAAGUGGCUAUAUUACUCAAGAAGAACUUGAACAAGCUUGCGAUGAGUUUGGCAUUAAAGAUGUUCGUUUGGAAGAGAUAAUCAAGGAAAUUGAUGAGGAUAAUGACGGGCGCAUAGACUAUAACGAGUUCGUAGCUAUGAUGCAGAAAGGAAAUGUUCCUAUGAUUGGUAAGAAAGGCCUGGAAAAUAACUUCAGCAUUCGUUUCAAGGAGGCAUUAAAAUUGUAGUAUUCAUUGCAUUUAGUUUAAUUGAAUUUUUGUUUGAGGGGGCAAUUUAGUCUUUCAGCUAUUUUGUAAUUCCUCUUUCCUUAUAUAUCCGGUGGGGGGGGCAAUUUAGUCUUUCAGCUAUUUUGUUUGCGUUUAGUUUAAUUGGAUUUUUGUAAUUAUGAGAAUGUAUUAAAGAUGACAAGAGGUGUUGUUGUGAACAAAUGAUAGUGAAGUGAUCCUUAUUUGAGAAAAGGAACAAAUUCCACAAAGUGAAUUUCAUAAAACACUAUGAAUUAAGAGUGUUGUACUUGUAUGAAAUUCAUUGUGGAGUUAACAUUCGCAGGA